UCUCGGCUGGAGCGGUCGUGUGUGCAUAAAAGAACUGUGAAAUCGCGAGUGUGAACGUGUUGUUGUUAAUUUCGUGAUUUAUGUACAGACUUUUGGAGAACAUUGAAAUUGGUGCACCGAUGGAAUACAAAGCGUGAUUCCUACAACUAUGGUUGCACAAUCAUCGAUCGACUUCGCCCAUCCAAAAUGUAAUAUAUUAACAUGAACCCUAUUACCUUUGCCAUAUACAUUACUAGCCUUUUUUGGCUAAACCUGAGCGACGCUAAAAUAGGAUACUUUUGGCACAUCACAGAUCUUCAUUAUGAUCCAUUCCACAACUCCCCGGAGUUCCAUAGAGGUUGCAAACACAAUCGCGGCAACAAUGACCAUAACCAUAGAAACGGCCGACACCGCGACCACACCUGCGACAGCUCGUGGUUGCUUAUACAAAGCGCAGUCGCCUUUAUGGCUGGGCGCCACCCGGAAACACUCGAGUUCGUGCUGUGGACUGGGGAUAUUCUCUCGUCAUCCAUGGAACACUUGAGUGAUGAGACCAAAUUGGAAGCGGUUAGAAAUGUAACAGACUUGUUGGGUCGAACUUUCAGCAGUCAAUUCGUAUUCCCAGCGUUGGGACAUAAUGACCCUCCGCCUUCAAAAAAGUUGAUUGAGAUGUGGAUGCAGUGGCUGCCAUCGGAUGCUUUGCAGACAUUUGAAAUAGGUGGUUAUUAUACAAUAGAACAUUCAUAUAGUAAGCUACGAAUCGUAGUUUUGAAUAGUGUGUUAUGGGCGGGGGGCGCAGUCAAGACGGAAGGUCCUCAUAAAGGCAGGGCUCAGUGGGAAUGGCUGGAACAGGUCUUAAGCAAGGCUAGGCGAAAAAAAGAACUGGUAUACCUAGUGGCCCACGCGGGUCCUGGGGUGGAGGAACGGCACAACGCCGGCAGCUCCUCAGCAGCUGGAGGGGGAGAACUCACCCCCACCGCCAACUCCAAUCUAGUGAGGAUCAUUAAAGCGUUCAGUGACGUCAUCGUUGGACAGUUCUAUGGUCACCGACACACGGAUACCUUCCGACUGAUGUAUAGCGAUGGUCAACCUGUAUCAUGGGCGUUGCUUGCACCGUCUAUAACUCCUAGAGGGGCUGGUAGUAUAUCAAAUCCAGGGUUGAGGCUGUAUAAAUUCGAUACAAAUAAUGGAAAAGUCUUGGAUUAUACACAAUUUUACCUGGAUGUAACAAAUAAGAAAGGUGAACUGCAUUGGGCAGUUGAAUACAAUCUCACACAAUACUAUAAUCUUAGAGAAAUAAAUGCCGCAUCUUUAGAUGCUUUAUCCAAAAAAAUAAGAAACUACAAUGAUCGAACAUUUUUGAACAAGUAUCUGACUGCCCUUCAUGUACGCCAUUCAACCGACGUGCUGGAUUGCGACGCUACUUGUGUCCACGUACAUUACUGUGCAAUAGUACACGCUGAAUUCCAUGAGUUUCGAGCCUGCGUUCGUAACCCCGCGUCCGCGUUAGCGUCUCGCGCGCCAAACUUAUCAUCCGCCAUUUUACUAUACGCCAUUUUGUUUUUAAUUUCUUCAAAACGAUAUUGAAACAGUGUUUGUAAAUAUUGCCAGUGGAGAAUUAGUUAAAUUUAGUCGUCUUUUUACUAGCCCCAUUUGCGACUAAACCCCAUAACCCAUUUUUAACCGAUUAAAUGUGUAAUUUGUAAUUUUUAGAUCAUAGUUAGAAUUUCAUUAGUAUUCAUCAUAUCAAAAUAAAGACAAAAUAAAAAUCAUUAAAAAAAUGAGGUAGGCAUGUAAAUAUAAUUAUUAAGUUACUAAAUACAGAUGAACUAGGUUCCAAUUGCUCUCAAUAAUAGAUACCUACUUUCCAAGUUAAGACAAUUUCUUAUUUUUGAUUGUCAUUAAAUAGGACUACAAAAUCUCAAUCAGCAUUUCUCUUAAUAAUUAAGUAGGUAAUGUCAUCUAAAAUACAAUCGACAUAAUAUGAUUUUUUUUCUUAACAGAGAAAUUUUUAUUUAAGUAUCACUUCACUGCCUUACGAAGUAUAUUAAUUUCAUAAAAGUUAUUUAAAUUUGAACGGCAAAUAACAGUAACAGUUUUCGCAAUAACAGUAAAUUUUAAUCAUAUUUAUAAGAUUCGUCCAACGGUGUUUGUUAAGAGCAGAUUUGACAUUUUGAUUUAUGAAACUUUUUCUAGAAAUAAAAAAGUAGAAAUAUAGGAUUCAUUUGUGUCAGUUU